UUCCUCACUUUAUCCUCUACCACAACUCUCGAUUGAGUUGCCAUUCAAGAUGAAAACGACUUGGAAGGAUAUUGCACCGGUGCCUACCUCGCAAGAAUUUAUUGACAUUGUCCUCAGUCGCACCCAGAGAAGGCUUCCCACACAGAUUCGUGCCGGGUUCAAAAUCAGCAGAAUUAGAGGAUUCUACACUCGAAAGGUCAAGUUCACCUCUGAAACCUUCUGCGAGAAACUGCAGGCCAUCCUUGAAGGAUUCCCUCGGCUGCAAGAUGUUCAUCCUUUCCACAAAGAUCUCCUCAACACUCUGUACGAUGCAGACCACUUCAGGAUCGCCCUGGGAACCCUGUCUACUGCAAAACGUUUGAUUGAAACCGUGGCAAGAGACUAUGUCAGACUCCUCAAAUAUGCGCAGUCUCUGUUUCAGUGCAAGUCUUUGAAACGUGCUGCACUAGGCCGGAUGGCCACCAUCUGCAAGAGACUGAAGGACCCAUUGGUAUAUCUUGAGCAAGUCCGACAGCAUCUGGGCCGUCUCCCAAGCAUUGAUCCCAACACUCGAACACUCCUUAUUUGCGGCUAUCCCAAUGUCGGCAAAUCCAGCUUUCUCAAGUCGGUGACCCGAGCUGACGUCGACGUUCAACCUUACGCCUUUACCACGAAAUCUCUGUUUGUCGGCCAUUUCGACUACAAGUACCUUCGAUUCCAGGCAAUUGAUACCCCGGGAAUUCUCGACCACCCAUUAGAGGAAAUGAAUACCAUUGAAAUGCAGUCUAUUACAGCCAUUGCACAUUUGAGAUCUGCAAUUCUCUACUUUAUGGAUCUUUCGGAACAAUGUGGCUACUCAGUGGCUGCUCAGAUGGCUCUUUUUACCUCCAUAAAGCCUCUAUUUGCAAACAAACUGGUCUUUAUUGUGAUUAACAAAACCGAUGUCAUGAAGCCAGAGGAUCUGGACCCCGAGACGCAACAACAGCUCCAAGAUUUGUUGACACAAAACUCGAACACGGAACUGUUGCAACUCUCUUGCGUCACAAACGAAGGCGUACAAGAGGUCAAGAAUGCCGUGUGUGAUCGCUUGAUUGCGGAUCGAGUGGCUGCGAAGUUAAAAUCUGGACAAGCCUCCCAGUCUGCCACUGACGAUGCCCCCAGCGGCAGACUUGGUGAUCUUUUGGCCAGAAUUCACGUUGCAAGACCCCUCCCUGGAUCUGUCAGCGAGACAUACAUUCCUGAAGCCGUCAAAUCUGGCACCUACAAAAAAUAUGAUAAGAACGACCCAGAAAGAAAAAUGUUGGAGCGUGAUCUGGAAGAGCAGAACGGAGGAGCUGGUGUUUACAACAUCGACCUCAAAAAGACAUACGACUUGGCCAAUGAUGAAUGGAAUCACGACAAAGUGCCUGAAUUCUUCAAUGGCAAGAACGUGUUUGACUAUGUUGAUCCUGAUAUUGAAGAGAAGCUGGCCGCCCUUGAAGCCGAGGAAGAACGUCUCACUGCCGAAGGUUUCUAUGACGAAAGUGAUAGCAUGGAAGAUGAAGAAGACGCGGAGAUCCGUAUGAAGGCAGAUUUGAUACGGACCAAGACCGGAUUGAUGAAGAAUGAAGCCAGGAUGAAGAAGAGUCUCAAGAACAAGGCACAGAUCCCGAGGGCCAAGAAACAACGUACCGUGGGACAGAUGGAGAAGCACUUUCACUCUAUUGGACUGGAUGCCUCAGCUCCAACCGAUCGUGCAAGAGCCCAGAUUCGAAAUGCUCGACCUGCAUCGACCAUGGGCGACGAAAUGGAUCUGGACACACCUUCAGCGCGUGCCAAGUCGGUGUCUCGUGCCCCCAAGACCAACCGUCUGACGGACGGAUUGGGCAAGACAGCUACUGGCAUCACAGAUCCAGCCACACGCACCAAGGCUGAACGGAUCGCUAAGCUUGGUCAACGACAAAUGAACCGGAUGGCCAGACAGGGUGAAGCAGAUCGACACGAGACCGCAUCUCUCCCUGCACAUUUGCUCAAGGGCAAGAGGAAAAUGGGCACCAAUAGAUCAAGGUAGAUGGUUUUCUGGACGGCCGCUAUAUUGCUGUAUUGGCUGCUUGGAGAAUGUGAUGAUUUACGAAUCUGUGUCUGGAGUCCAAGGUAAUGCAGGCAUUUUAUGAUCAGGUGGGAAACUUGCCUUCAAUAGGCGGCGCUCAGGCACAUGGUUAGAGUGAUAAAACAUCUGGACAUGGCUGAUAUCAAAUACUUCCAGCGUCCGAGGGUCUGCUGUGUACCAAGGCUUUUGUCAUAAAAUGCCUUGGUCAGGUGGAUGCAUUAUUGAUGAUUGCGAGACAAUGAUACACAGCUGUCAUAAAC